AUGGCUCUAUGUAAGGGUAUUUAUGCGAGGAUAUGUAGAUCUCCAAUUGCUUGGUUUGAAAUUGGUGAAGCUGAGUUGAUAGGGCCAUACUUGGUUCAUCAAGAUAUAGAGAAGGUAAAAAUUAUCCAGGAGAGGUUGAAGACUGCGCAAAGUCUCCAACAGUCCCUUUCUAGUAUUAGGAGAAGGGACUUAGAGUUUAGGGUGGCUGAUUGGGUGUAUCUGAAAGUUUCGGCCUUGAAAAGGUGUUAUAAGUUAGACAUCAUUUAUCAUGUUUUCCAUAUUUCCAUGCUUAAGAAAUCCUUUGAAGAUCCUUCACUUAUUAUUCAUACAGAAAGCAUUGGGGUGAAAUUUUACUUCUUCUAUAAGGAGAUUCCUGUCCAAUCUCUUCAUCAUCAGGUUCACAAGUUGAGGACUAAAGAGGUUGCUUUAGUCAAAGUCUUGUGGAGAAAUCAAUUUGUUAAGAAGGAUACAUGGAAAGCCGAGGAGGAUAUGAAUGCCAAGUACACACAUAUAUUCAUUCCUCCUAGUGUCGAUAUUGAAGGUAAUAUUCCUAUUACCAUUCCUAUCUCUGAGUUAGUACCUGUUUGA